AUGAAGGCUGCUCCGCUCUUGGUCGCCUGGCACGACGACGGCUCCCCCAUCUACUCCGCUCAUUUCGAGCCUCACGGCAAGGGACGACUGGCAACUGCCGGCGGCGACUUCCACGUCCGAGUGCGCGAGCUUCCACCUGCCAUCCCAGGUACUGUGCGUCCAGUGUGCUAAUACUCUGCUGCUAGAUAUGGAGCGUCGAGGUGAACGGCGAUGAACGGAAGCCCGUCUAUCUCUCCACCCUGAAGAAGCACACCCAAGCCGUCAAUGUCGUUCGCUGGUGUCCUCGAGGUAUUACUUCACCUAUCCCUCACCAUCCUCCAUCCUCUCUAAUCGCCAUACAGGCGAGCUUCUGGCCUCUGCCGGAGACGACGGCAACGUCCUCCUAUGGACCCCUUCCGAUAACCCUGCCUCCGCCUCCAGCUUCGGCGACGAUGCGAAUGAAGAUGUGGAACAUUGGAGAGUAAAGACCAUGUGCAGGUCCAGCAGCGGAGCUGAGAUAUAUGACUUGGCCUGGUCUCCGGACGGCAUGUUCUUCAUGACUGGGAGCAUGGACAACGUAGCUCGAAUAUACAAUGCUACUACUGGUAGGUCCAGACCUUUUGGAACUCCAUGGACACAAUUUCUGACUCGGUCAAAGGACAAACUGUUCGCCAGAUUGCAGAACACAACCACUAUGUGCAAGGUGUCGCUUGGGAUCCCCUCAACGAAUUCGUUGCUACCCAAUCUUCCGACCGCUCGAUCCACAUCUACACCCUCAAGACCAAGGACGGCCAGUUCACCUUGAACCAGCACAACAAAGUCACGAAAAUGGACCUUCCUGGACGUCGAAUCUCUUCCAACAGUCCCGCUCCGCCUGACGUCGGCCUCGGCAGCCAUCGAGCUUCCUUUGUGCAAGAUAUCACUUCCGAAGCGCUUGCCUCUCCGCGACCCUCUGCGCCCGGGACUCCUCAAUCACUGGCGUUGCCUAUGAAUCCUCCACCAACAUCGCACAGCCGGCGCUCUUCUUUCGGUUCGCAGUCUGUUCGGAGAUCGGUCUCCCCCAGUCCGUCCAUGCCACUGCCUGCCGUCAUGCCGUCCGCAUCUCCAAGCUUGUCUGGAGGCAUUGGCCUGGGCGUCCGGAAUACCAAUCUCUACAUGAACGAAACAUUUACUUCCUUCUUCCGACGACUGACAUUCGCACCAGAUGGAAGCUUGCUCUUCACCCCAGCCGGACAGUAUAAGACUACUCACCCAGCACCUAAUGGUGGCAAGGGCACCGAUGAGAUCAUUAACACCGUUUACAUCUACACAAGAGCCGGUCUCAAUAAGCCUCCUGUCGCAUAUCUUCCUGGCCACAAGAAGCCUUCCAUAGCUGUGAAGUGCUCUCCGAUCUACUACCAGAUCAGGUCGACCACUGUCGAAACCAAGGAAAUUACCAUCGACACUCGGACCGAAGAAGACAUACCGCCUCUGCCAGAGCCAGUAGUGCCAUCGAAGGCACCAACAUCAAAUGCUGCCAUGGAACCCCCGCCCUUGACAAGCGCUCCAUCGCCGUCCCCGAGUGUAGCUGCCAUGGCGUCGCCUCGCCCUCGUGCAGACUCCGAAUCUACCGCCUCUACAGCCGCGCCUCCGCCUGGUCCUGCACCCGCCUUCGCUUUGCCAUACCGAAUCGUUUACGCCGUGGCCACUCAAGACGCAGUGCACCUGUACGAUACGCAGCAACCAAAACCGCUGUGUGUAGUCAGCAACCUGCACUAUGCCACCUUUACGGACCUCACUUGGUAAGUCUGCAGCCCUGAACUACAGUUGCUCGGGUGCUAACACUAGCCUUGAAGGUCACCGGACGGCCUGACGCUACUCAUGACUUCCUCAGACGGUUUCUGUUCCGCUCUUACAUUUGCACCUGGCGAAUUGGGCUCGGUGUACCACCAAUCGACUGCAGUUGGCUCGAGACCAAGCCCAGCACCGAUAUCCGUCGCGAAGGCGAACUCAGCCGCCUCGACUCCUCAACCGACACCUACUGGCUCUGCUGGCCCCACGCAGACAUCUGCGCCAGGAAUUCCACGUCCGGCUUCAAAUAGCAACCCUGCUACUGCAAGCGUCACACCUAUAUCACAGCCGGUUGCCGCCGCAUCGCCGUCGCCUUUCACAAAUGUCCUAGGAUCCGAGGGCGGAAGGCCAGCGAGUCCAGCUCGGAGCAUGUCGGCUUCCAGCAUCGCUACCGAGGCCAGCUUCGCUCGAGUGCCUGACCGGAAUGCACCACCUGCCAUGAACAAUCCAACUCCAUCGUUUAGCUCGGUGCCUUCACUGGCGGCUGCAGGCUCAUCCAAUCCAGGUUCUGGCGUGCCACUCUUCACACCACCACAGACACCAGGUCAAGGUCAGAUCAAUGGCUCUGCGAGCAACAUUCCUCCAGUUGCUGGUGUGAAGCGGGGAAGCGUUGUCAGCGCAACUUCAGAAUCCGAGGAUCAAGGACGGGAGAAAAGGAGAAGAAUCGCGCCUACGCCCAUCAACGACACAGAGACGGCUUUUUCGGCAUCAUCAUCCGCAACAGUACCUCCGGAGCCGCCAAAUGGCGCCGGCGAGCAGUAA